AUGAGUCGGGACGAAAAGGUAAAGAUCGACGUUAUUGAUCAAUUUUUAAUUAGAUAAAAAUAGUUUUUUUAAUUAUUACUGUGUGAUAUAGAUUUGACUUCAAAAUAAUUGAAGAAAUAACUAUUAAACUGCGAAUUUUUAUAUAUAUGUAAUUUAGGAGAAAUUUAAAAAUGCAUAAAUGCACAAAAUACACACAUAUAAAUGCGUAGUGCAAAUUUAUUACUUUUUAUAACAUUUGAUACAUAGAAUAAUUUUUUCAUGAAUUUUUCAUUUUCUCAAAAAUAUGAUUUUGGAUAAAAACUCACAAUUAAACUUAAUUGCUAUAAUACCUCAUACUUGUAGAUAUAUUUCUGAACAUAAGUCAAAAUUAUUGAUUGCUUUUUUUUUGCGAUUAUAUAAAUAUAUAUAAUAUAAUCCGAUUUACAAAUCUAUACUGGUUCAAAGCCUUUCAAUAAAAAGAAAAAAAAAUGUAUUAUAAUACUUACAAAACAAUUUUUUUUAGACGAUAGCUUAUAUUACUUUGACUAAAAUUUGAUUUAUAUUUUGUCUCAACUCAUCAGAAACGGGACAUAUGUCAGUUUUUAUCACUCUCCUGCUCUCCAGACAGUUUUCAUUGCAAUAACAUUGAAAUUUAAAAUUCUUCCAGACCACGCUACUAUUGGUAGCUUCUACAUAUUCAAAACCAGCGCCAGAACCACCCAGCUCGUACUUCCCUCCAUCGAGUGGUGCCAGCUUCUCAAGCGGAUCCGGUAGUUAUGGUCCACCGUCGCUUCCGGAUCGUUAUGGGCCACCCCAACAACAACCUGUCGUCCACAAACACGUUUACGUUCACGUGCCACCUCCAGAAGCUCCUGAAUAUAAACCGCCGAAAUACAUUCCACCCGCAGCACCACCACAGAAACAUUACAAAAUCGUAUUCAUAAAGGCGCCAACUCCACCGACGCCAACAGCACCAGCUCUACCACCAUUGCCACCACAAGAUGAAGAAAAAACUUUGAUCUACGUGCUUGUGAAGAAGCCGGAAGAGGCGCCAGAAGUGGUAUUACCGACUCAAGCACCAACGCAACCCAGCAAACCGGAAGUCUACUUCAUCCGAUACAAGACCCAGAAGGAACAACAAAAUGCAGAAUAUGGACCUCCACCACAGUCACUCCCUUCGGAUAAUUAUGGUCCACCAUCAAGCUCUGGCGGUCCUUAUUAAAUAAUAUUUAUUUAAGGAACCUCUUUGUAUAAAAUACUCAAACCCACGAACCUCGUGAAUUAUAGAGAUUUUAUUCGUCAAGAAUGCUCAUUAUCUAUGAGAUUUUGAGAAAACCAAUGUGUAAGUAGUGUGAUUACUGCCACAGAAUUUUGUGAAUUUCACGAUUAGACGCUGUGUCUAUUUGUUUCUGCAGAUAAUAGCAUACUGAAAGCAUCAUUUUAAUAUUAGUAUCAUGAAAUUUAUUAGUAUCAGAAGUCGAGAAAAAAAUUUAUGCAUAAUACUUACAUUAAUUAAUAAAUCUAUUAAUUGUUCAAAUUAUUUUGAAAAGAAUUUGAAAUAUAUUAAAUUAUAUAUUAAAAGUCUUUUGUUGUGUAUAUCAAAAAAUCUUUCAUGCAGAUUAUUUUGCAAUAUUUUAACACAAUUUACAAGAAAUUAUUAAAUAGAAAUAGAAAUAUGAAAGUUAAAUUUGGGUGAUUAAUGCGAAUGAAGAAUUAAUGUGAUUGUAACAAAUGUAUGUAUAUUUUAAUAAAACUAUUUGUACUUUU